AUGGCUGACCGUCGUUCUACAGUUCAAACUGAACCACGGGGUGUGAAUACUAUCAAAACAAUUCCACCAACAAAUAAUCCGGACACUCAUACGUCAGCGAUAGCAGCAACAGCUGCAGCGACUGCUCUACCUGAACAUCGUCAAUCGGUCUUUCGACGGUUAUCAAUGUCGAUGGGAAGUCGCAAAUCAUCGAUGCUUCCUGCAUCCAAUCAUCCUCGCCCGAACACGUAUCGACUGGAGCCAGAUAAUGAAUAUCGCUUUCGUCCGUAUCGAAUUCAACCAAAGGUUUUGGAAAUUCUAAGCGAUCGUAUGAAGGAUAAAACAUAUUCGAAAGAGACUGGAAGCGACUUAGUCAAAGAAAUCACAAGAAGUGUACAUCAACUAAUGAAGAAUUUUCAAAUUCCACGUUACAAAAUCGUUGUUCAAACGGUGAUUACACAAAAAUUCGAGCAACUCUUACGUGUUGCAUCAAGAUCUUUAUGGAAUCCGAAAACUGAUAACAUGAUUUCGGUCAAUUAUGAAACAAAAGAUAUGGUAGCUGUUGUAACUGUCUACGGUGUUUAUUUUGAGUGA